AUGGCUCCGAAAUCUGCUCUUGUCAUUUUGCUAUCUCUAACAGCACUUGCUAGCGCGCAAGCAAUACCCACUGCCAGUCAGUGUCCGACCGCGAGUGGACAGACUAUCACAGACAGCAAUGGGAGCACAUAUCGCGUCACCUGCUCGGCGGACAACAGUGUCGGAUCUUACGCAAAUACCGGCGCAACCUCUUCCUAUCUGGACUGCAUGACUGCCUGCGAUGCCGCCGCGUCUGCAGGUUGUCAAGGCUUCACUUAUGUCGGUGGUUCCGGAGGUUCAGGAUCAGGUACUUGCUGGCUAAAAAAAGCAUGGGGAAGCUACCCUGCGGCAGGCAACAACUACGUCUCCGCCAUCAGAGUCUCCAACGGUGUGUCAUCAUCGCAGAGUAGUGUCGCGUCCACGCUGGCCACUUCUGUAUCAUCAUCAGUAGCUUCGUCGUCGGUCGCCGCUGUGCAAGCCUCGACUAGUCUAUGCCCAGCUUCCAAUCUCACAGGCUAUGCGGAUACUCAAGGGAACAAUUGGCAGAUUCUGUGUGGGUUCGAUACGAGCCCUGGAUCUUUCGGUUCCACCUCUGCCUCCAGCUUCCCCGCAUGUCUCGCAGCUUGCAAAGCUAUCUCAGGUUGUGCGGCGGUCACAUACAUCGGCACCUCAUGCUACUUCAAGAAGGCCUUCUCAAGCUUGAUCAAGAAUUCCAAUGCAGCUAGUGCAUUCCUGAUAAACACUCAGAACUACCCCGUUCCUGUUUCGGGCAACAGCAAAGCAAGCUCUGGCUGCGGAGCUGCCUUACCACCUGGCAUCCAACUGGGAGGCUCUUCUGUCACUUUCAACAUCACCUCUGGUGGCGUGGUCAGAUCUUUCAAUGUUCAUGUACCUACUUCGUACAAGAACAACAAGGCCUCACCUCUGAUCAUUGCUUACCACGGACGAUCGAAUAAUCAGCUCUCGGUGGAGAGUGAUUCACAACUUUCGAGCGAGACCUGGAAUCCAUACGCUAUUGCGGUCUACCCUCUGGGCGAGGAUGUAUAUCCGGCCACUGUCGGAGAAUCUCCCUAUUACAACGAUUUGACUUUCACGAGUGAUCUGCUUGACUACAUAUCAAGUCAUUACUGUAUCGACACCAGCCGCAUGCUCGCCACUGGCUUCUCUAACGGAGGAGGCUUUGUUGGAACCCUCGCCUGUGACCCGACACUUUCGAAGCGCUUCAGCACUUUCGCGGCAAACUCGGGUGCAGAGUAUACCAAUACGACCGGCACUUGCGACCCUCCCAACGUGCUCACAAACACCAUCGUACAGCCAAUUUGUUCGCCAGGCAGAUCCAAUCUCCCAAUGCUCGAGUUCCAUGGUGAUGCCGACGGCACUAUUCCUUACCUUGGUGGACCCCGAAGAGGUUACUGUUUGCCUACGGUGCCGCAUUGGGUCACAGACUGGGCUCUCAGAGAUGGCUUGUCUAGCUCUAAUGUUUCCACGUCACUGGCAAGUGGCAAAGUUACAAAGUAUGAUUUUGGCGCUUCGAAGGGCGUGCAGGGAUUGGUCACACACUACAAGAUUGCUGGUUGGGGACAUUUCUGGGCCAGUAUCAAUGGUGGAGCACCGAUUGACGCUACGCCUGUUAUCAUGGACUUUUUCUAUGGUCAUUCUGGGUAG